CCCGGGGGCGGCCGUGCGCAGGCGCCGCCGUCCCCGUCCCCCCCCGUCGGUGCCGGGCGCUGAUCCCCGGCGGCGGCGGCUCCGCUGGUCCCCGUUCGUCCCCGCUAGUCCCGGCGGCCGGACGCGCCCGCCCCGCUGCGGUCUUGGGCAUGGCGGAGAGCCCGGGGCGGCCCGGCGCCCCGCCGCCGGAGGGGAGCGACCUCCCGCGGGAAGGAAGCGGCGAGGAAGCGGCGGCGGCGGGGGAGCCGCAGCCCGGGGUGUCCCCUGAGGGGACGGUGGAGCCCCCGGACGGGCCCUCCCCCGGCGAGGCGCCGCGGCUGAGCGGGGAGGCAGCGGCUGGGCAGGAGCCGGCCUCGGUGGCCGUGCCCCCCGGGGACAGCGGCGGGACAGGGAGCGGCUUCUCCGGGGGGGCGGCGGAGGCCUCGGGUGGGCCGGGCACGGAGCAGCAGGCUCCGGCGGGGGCUGAGCAGCGAGACCCCGCCGGGGCCGCCCCGGCGGGCGAGGGUCUGCCGGGAGGGGAGCCGGCGGCGGCGGCCGCGGGGGUAGACGCGCCCGAGGUCUCCGCGCCGGCGGGGGGAGACCCCGAGGAGGCGGCGGCGGCGGCCCCGACGGGGACGGAGACCGAGGAAGCAGCGCCUGUGGGGACAGACCUCGAGAAGGCGCCCAUGACCCUGACGGGGACGGAGUCCCAAGAGGUGGAGGCAGCCCCGGCGGGGACAGAAACGGAGGAGGCGGUAAGGGAGGCAGCCCCAGCCGGGACAGACCCCGAGGAGGCGGCGGCGACAGUCCCGGCGGGGACAGACUCCGAGGAUGCAGUGCGUGAGGCAGUCCCGGCGGGGACAGACCCCGGGGAGGCGGCGACAACCUCGGCAGGGAAAGACCCCGAAGAGGUGGCGGACACAGAGCCCGAAGAGGUGGAGGCGACAGGCCCUUCGGAGACGGACCCCGGAGAGGCGCUAAGGCAGGCAGCCCCGGCGGGGACAGACCCCGAGGAUGCGGCGCGGAAGGCAGCCCCGGCGGGGACAGAUCUCGAAGAUCUGGUGCAGGAGGCAGCUCCGGCGGCGACAGUCCCCGAGGAGGCGGCGGCGACAGUCCCGGCGGGGAUAGAUCCCGAGGAUGCGGCGGCGGCCUCGGCUGGGAGCGAGGUGGCCCCCGGGAGCCGCAGGGAAGCGGAGGUGGCGGUGCCGGCCGGCGGUGCCGCCGACGGCGGACGCCAGUCGCCGGGCAGCCCCGAGGGCGAGGACGGAGCGGAGACGGUGGGGGCGGAGUGGGGAGCCGGUGCCCCGCCGGUGGCGGGAGCGGGGGGCGCGGCCCCGGGGCCAGGGGAAGGCGACGCGGCGGCGGCGGCGGGGCAGCGCGGCGGGUCCCCGGGCCCCGAGGGGGGCGAGUGGGACGCGGCAGGUCGGAGCCUGAACGGUGUGCGGGGCCGGGCAGAGGAGGAGGAGGACGAAGCGGGCUCGCCGGCCACCCUGGAGGAGGAAGAGGAGGAUGAGGAGAAGCAGGAACAUGAUAUUUCACUCUUCGUCAAGGCUGGCAGUGAUGGGGAAAGUAUUGGAAAUUGCCCAUUCUCUCAGCGUCUCUUUAUGAUUCUGUGGCUAAAAGGUGUCAUAUUUAAUGUCACAACCGUGGAUUUGAAAAGAAAGCCUGCUGACCUGCAGAACCUCGCCCCGGGAACAAACCCCCCCUUCAUGACAUUUGACGGCGAAGUGAAAACCGAUGUCAAUAAGAUUGAGGAGUUCUUGGAAGAAAAGCUAGCGCCACCCCGGUAUCCCAAACUUGCACCGAACCACCCCGAGUCUAACUCUGCAGGAAAUGAUGUGUUUGCAAAAUUCUCUGCAUUCAUAAAGAACCCAAGAAAAGAUGCUAAUGAAAAUUUGGAAAAAUCUUUGCUUAAAGCCCUGAGGAAGCUGGACAACUAUUUAAAUAGCCCCUUGCCUGAUGAAAUUGAUGCUUACAGCACUGAGGAGAUCACUGUUUCCAGCCGGAAAUUCCUGGAUGGAGAUGAGCUCACCUUAGCGGAUUGCAACCUCCUACCAAAGCUCCAUAUAAUCAAGGUUGUUGCAAAAAAAUACAGAAAUUUUGAUUUUCCACCUGAAAUGACAGGGAUUUCAAGAUACUUGAACAAUGCAUAUGCAAGAGAUGAAUUUACAAAUACUUGUCCUGCUGAUCAAGAAAUUGAGUAUGCAUAUUUGGAUGUUGCAAAGAGAAUGAAGUAAACAGAAGAUGCCUCCAUUCUUUAUUACUUCUGAGAUGUAGAUGGGCACCAGCUGAGAUGGAAAAAAAGAAAGCCAGCAUACAUUCUGCGUAUAAUUUUAAGUUCUGCUAUUGGCCAAUCCUUCUUUUAUAAUGAUUGUAUAGCAUUAUUUGCUCAUUCUUAAAUUAUAUAUCUAUAUGUUUGUGUGUCUGUACAGAUGUCUGCACACAUGAAUGUCUGUUGUGCAUUGCAAGUUAAAGGUAUCAGUCAAUAUUAAAGCAUUUGUUGAAGUUAGGAAGAUGGUGUAGGUCACACAAUUACAGCAAUAUUGCAGACUAGUGACUUACGCUGAAUUGCUGAAUUUUGAGAAGAAUUAGCCCUGUUUCUAACACACAUUUAACCUAUCAUUAUCGCUGCCUCUGAUUUCUGUUUCACAGUUGUUGCCAAACUUCACAGUUACCGGGAGGGUUUCUGUUUGCUUCUCUGCAAGCCUUGGUGGGCUGCAAGCCAGCAGCUGGUGCCCAUGCAGCACCCUGGUUAACCCAGGAGAGGGGCCAGCCUGUAGGUCAGACCACGCCUGACUUCCCAGAAGCCCUCUCCUCUGUGCUAGAGACCUGCAGGGCAGGUCAAUGAAGAACAACUCCUUUUCACAUUGCAUGAAUUUUCUUUGAAAUUAAAAAUAAAUUAAAAUGGCUAAAAAUAGCCUUUGUAGCACCUAUAUCCACAAAAAGACUGUUGUAGACUAGUCAUUCGUCCUUGUCCACGUCAAACAUGGGCUCGCUUUCUAACAAAGCAUUACUUAAAAAUAAUAGUUGGUGUCAGAUACAUUGUGUCUGUGGUGUCGUUGUCUUGCACACUACACAGUUCUGAUGCAAAUGCGCUAUCUUCACAAUUAUUUAUAAGCCUCAUUCAAUAUGUAGUUUUAGUUUGCCUUUAGAGAAAACAGACACAAUACCUUUCCCCUCCCACCCUUAAUUGUGAACUCUCAUAUUGGGGCUGAUAACUGCACAGUCACUCAUCACAUAUUACUAACCGUUACUUUGUAUUUUCAAAUAUAUAUAUAAAAUAUAUAAAAAAUGAAAUAUGUAUGCUCUUUUCAUAUGCCUUACAAAUUUAAAUAGAAAAUAUGCAAAUUCAUAACUAA